GGACCACCAGGCACAAAAGGAGUUCAAGGACCUGAAGGUGGUCCUGGCUUCCCAGGAAACCCUGGUCUCCCAGGACGGGCAGGUUUUGAUGGAACUCCAGGGCCCAAAGGUGACCCUGGACCAAGUGGACCCCCAGGACUCCCAGGCCCACCAGGCAUCCCUAGCAUUGGUCAUCAAGGUCCACCUGUAUCUCCAGGACCUCCAAGUCCUGUUGGCCCCCCAGGGUUGCAGGGUGUUCCAGGGCAGAAAGGGGAUCCAGGUCCUCCAGGCUUCAACAUUCCUGGUCCUCCAGGUGACCAAGGAACCCCAGGAUAUCCAGGAUCCCGUGGUCUCCCAGGGCCUCAGGGUUCACCUGGACCACCUGACCGGGAUGGAAUACCUGGAUUUCCAGGUGCCAAAGGGGAGAUGGGCAUCAUGGGAGCCCCUCGUCCUCCAUUUUUUUAA